AUGAGCAACAACCAGCAGCAGCAGCCCCCGCCGCCGCGGAGGGUCUGCAACGUGGGCUCGCUGCUCCUCACCCCGCAGGAGAACGAGAGUCUCUUCGGCUUCCUGGGCAAGAAAUGCGUGACAAUGUCUUCAGCAGUUGUCCAGAUAUAUGCAGCUGAUCGCAAUGCCAUGUGGUCAAAAAAAUGCUGUGGAGUAGCCUGCCUUGUAAAAGACAAUCCACAAAGGUCUUAUUUUAUCAGAAUAUUUGACAUCAAGGAUGGGAAACUAUUGUGGGAGCAGGAAUUGUACAAUAAUUUUGUAUAUAAUAGUCCUAAAGGAUAUUUUCAUACCUUUGCUGGAGAUACAUGUCAGGUUGGUCUUAAUUUUGCUAAUGAAGAAGAAGCUAAAAAAUUCCGGAAAACAGUAACUGAUUUGCUUGGACGACGGCAAAGAAAAUCUGAAAAAAGACGGGACCCACCAAAUGGUCCAAGUCUACCAAUGGCAACUGUUGAUAUCAAAAAUCCAGAAAUUACAACUAACAGAUUUUAUAAUUCACAAGUCAACAAUAUUUCAUAUACCAAAGAGAUCAAGAAAAAAGGAAAAGUGAAAAAGAAGAAAUUGACAAAGGCAGAUAUUGGAACUCCAAGCAACUUCCAACACAUUGGACACGUUGGUUGGGAUCCAAACACAGGUUUUGAUGUGAACAACUUGGACCCGGAACUGAAAAAACUAUUUGAUCUGUGUGGAAUUUCAGAGGCUCAGUUAAAAGACAAAGAAACAUCGAAGGUGAUAUAUGAUUUCAUUGAAAAAACAGGAGGAGUAGAAGCUGUUAAAAAUGAGCUGCGUAGGCAAGCUCCACCACCGCCACCACCAUCCAGAGGAGGACCCCCUCCACCACCACCACCACCUCCACAUAGCUCAGGUCCUCCUCCUCCUCCUGCAAGGGGAAGAGGAGCUCCACCACCUCCUCCUUCAAGAGCUCCCACAGCAGCACCUCCACCCCCACCUCCAUCUAGACCAGGUGCAGCAGUGCCCCCUCCUCCUCCAAACAGGAUGUAUCCUCCUCCACCUCCAGUGCACUCAUCAUCUGCACCGUCUGGCCCACCUCCACCGCCUCCACCACCAGCAAGUGGAUCAUGUGUACCUCUGCCGCCUCCUCCACCACCUCCCCCUCCUGGUCCUCCUCCACCACCUGGCUUCACUUCAGAGGUUGAUAAUCAAUUUCCAGCUCCUGCAGGAAACAAAGCAGCACUCUUAGAUCAAAUCAGAGAAGGGGCCCAGUUAAAGAAAGUAGAACAGAACAGUCGACCUGUAUCCAGCUCAGGAAGAGAUGCGCUCUUAGACCAGAUACGACAGGGUAUACAGCUGAAGUCGGUAUCUGAUGGCCAAGAGCCUGUGCCACCCACAGCUGCACCCACCUCAGGAAUUGUGGGUGCAUUAAUGGAAGUUAUGCAGAAAAGGAGCAAAGCCAUUCAUUCUUCAGAUGAAGAUGAGGAUGAAGAUGAUGAAGAAGACUUUGAGGAUGACGACGAAUGGGAGGAUUGA